AUGAUCAUUGGGAUGGAUUUUAUUAAUCGAUAUAAUCUAUCUAUCGAUGUUAAGAAACAACUAGUUUCUAUUGAGGUGAGGAAUCAACGAAUUCUAAUUCCGAUCGUUAAUGUAAUGAAAUCGAUUAAAAUACCAGUUAUUUCUUCUAAUACUAUUUUAUUACCAUCUAACUCAACCCGAAAAAUAUCAGUCGCAAUUCCUAUUUCAUCUAUUUCUUUACCAUUUAUUCCAACUUUUUCGUUUAAAUCUCAUAUACCUGUUGAUUACAAAGACAACACUCUUGCUUUUCAUAAUUAUCGUUCAGAUGUUCUAUUAUAUAAUGCUAUGAGACAUCCGAAAGUCAUUAAAAAAGGCACGCGUUUAGGGUAUUUGUUAUGUUGUUCUACGUUUCAGCAUCCUCGUAUGUUUUACUCGUCACAUUAUCGUUUACAUGGAACUACCAGAUGUACUGGUAUGAAUCCAGCAUUCAGUAAUUCGAUAAUAAAAGAUGAUUUUCACAUUCGUUCAUCUGCAUUAAGUAACAAUAAUAGCACAUGCACUAAUCGCUUCAUUCGUUAUUCAGCCGACAAACUAUCAUCAUCUAAAAAAGUAUCUAAUUCUACUGUAACACAACAUUUAAAUUUACUCGUGCAAAAUGUUCAAAACGAUGAACAUAAACGAGAUCUUCUAGCGUUGCUAAGACAGUUUUCUAAUAUUUUUGAUACUACUAGACAUAAUGUAGCUAAUACUCCAAUACCACAUGUUAUUAAUACGAUUCCUCAUUCACCCCCUGCCAGUAGACCUUAUCCACAGCCGGAUAAGGAAGAAAUCAUGUAUCAGUUUAUUCAGGAAUUUCUGCAAGCAGGUCUUAUUUCGGAAUCGAAUUCGCCGUACGCUGCACCAGCAAUACUGGUCAAGAAAAAAGAUAAUUCGUAUCGUUUUGUUGUAGAUUAUAAACGUCUGAAUGCUAUAACUAUUAAAGACUCUUUUCCUCUUCCUAAUAUGGAAGAUACUAUAUUUAAGCUAGGAAAAGGAUUUAGUUAUUUCUCGAAAUUUGAUCUAAAGUCGGGUUUUUAUCAGAUACCGAUUAAUGAGGCGGAUAAGAUGAAAACAGCAUUUAUAACACCAUUUGGUUUGUAUCAAUUCAAUGUUUUACCAAUGGGUUUGAGGAACUCGCCUCCUACGUUUCAGAAAGUCAUGACAGAUACAUUAAAAUCUUGUCGUUCUUUUUGUCUAGUUUAUCUAGAUGAUAUUAUUAUCUUUUCUGAGUCGUUUUCUGAUCAUUUGUAUCAUCUUCGAUGCGUAUUUUCAGCUUUACACGACAAAAAUCUACUAUUAAAUCCUCCGAAAUGCGAAUUAGCCGUUCAGCGAAUUAAUUAUCUAGGUCAUACUAUUAAAAAAGAUAGUAUUACACCGAUGAAGGAUAAAAUAGAAGCUAUUUUACGAAUACCAGAACCACAUACAUUAGCACAAGCGAAUCGCUUUCUUGGUUCUUUAGGAUGGUAUAGGAAAUUCUUACCAAAGUUCGCUGACGUAGCAGCACCAAUUCAUGCUGUUACUAAUCUUACUAAACCUAAUCGCAAAAAGUUUAAGUGGGAACUAGUUCAGUCUAAAGCUUUUCAUCAACUUAAACACAUGCUUAUUACUGAACCUUUAUUUCUACAUUUUCCUAUAGAUAAUUCACCUUUAAUCUUAACUACAGAUGCUAGUGAUACCGGAUUAGGUGGUGUUUUACAGCAAAAGGUUAAUGGACAACUUCAUAAUCUGUAUUAUCAUUCGCAGAUUAUGACGCCAUGUCAAAGAAAAUAUAGUACCAUCGAGAAAGAGGCGUUAGCCAUCUAUAGGUGUUUCGAUCGUAUGCGUUCUUUUAUCUUAGGUAGAACUAUUAUCAUCAUGACUGAUCACUGUCCAUUAUGUUAUAUUAUGAAAAAGACAAUUAAAAAUGCUAGAGUGAAUCGCAUCACACAUCUUAUUCAGGAAUAUAAUAUCGAUAAAGUAGUUCAUAUUCGAGGUCAAUAUAACUGUCUACCGGAUUAUCUUUCACGUUAUUCAAAAGAACAGUUUGACGAUUUAUUUGAUAUCGAAUAUGGUCUAGCUAGUAAAACUCUUUCUACGUUAUCAUCAUCAGCACCUAAUAAUGAUACUAAUAAUAUAACAUCAGAUUCAUUAGUUUCUUCUACUAAUCCAAAACUUUUAGCAGCGAUGACUUUAAGACCGCGUAAAAAUCGACUUUACUAUGCAGAAGAAUCUAUUUCUCGUGAUAGUGACAUACAUAAUCAUCAUGAUUCUACAGAUACAUCGAAUUCUACGUUUAAUAGAAAAUCUAAAGUAACAUCCAAAUUUUCACAAAACUAUUUCGAUGUAGCUAAAUUACAAUUUGAACAAGAUCGAGAUCCUAAGAUACAGAACAUCAUAAAAAAGUUGUCUACUACGUCAAAUCACAGUUCAUUCAUCUUAGAAGAUAGUAAACUAUAUAAGGUAAUUAGUCAUCAGAACAAUUCUAACCGGAUCAUUAAAGCAUUGUAUUUACCAUCAUCAAUGAUAAAUUCAUUAUUAAAAGCGUGCCAUGAUGAUCCAUUAACAGGUGCUCAUUUUUCUACAGAUCGUAUGUACUAUAAAAUUCGUUCUCAUUUCUGGUGGCCCAGAAUGAAAAUCGACAUACAAUGUUACGUAAAAUCUUGUAGUUUAUGUACACAGUUUAAUAUAGAUCGCGCUAAACGAUAUGGUCAUUUACACUCUAUUCCACCUCCUGAAGGACCAUUCUCUCUCGUAGGUAUUGAUUUUUGCGGACCAUUACCAAGAACACCUCGUGAAAAUCAAUACGUACUUGUCAUUACAGAUUAUUUUACGCGAUAUAUAACAGCGAUAGCACUUCCUAAUUGUACAGCUGAAACUACAGCACGAGCCCUGUUUGAUGAUUUUUUUUGUAAGUUCGGUAUACCAUCAGCUAUUCUCAGUGAUCGUGGAACACAUUUUUUAAACACGCUGAUGGAAAAUAUAAAAAAUCUCAUAGGUUACAAUCAUAUCUAUAGUACUCCGUAUCAUCCUCAAACAAAUGGUGUAGUAGAGCGUUUUAACGCUACUUUUGUAGCUCAGAUUUCGAAGCUACAAAAUACUCAACACAAUAAUUGGGAUGAAUACUUGCAGGCCGUUGUUUUUGCUUACAAUACAGGAGUACAUAAGUCUACGAAAUUUUCUCCCUAUGAGUUACUAUACGGUUGUGCUGCUCGUCUACCUAUUCAUAGUCGAUCUCAACAUUUUACGUUUUUGAAGCCUAACGAUUAUUUUGAGCAAUUAAAAAAGACGUUGCGUGUAUUUCAUCAGGCUUCACGUGAAAAUAUAUUAUUACAACAACAAGCUAAUCAAGAGUAUUACAAUAAGAAUCGUCUUGAUCCACAACUAAAAUUAGGAGAUAAAGUUUUAAGACGCAUAUACAUUUCAAAAGGAAAAUUAGAUCCAAAAUUUUCUCCUAUUCCAAAUAUAGUUGUUGAACUUCAUCAUCCGAUGUACGUAGUAGAAGAUGAAUAUACAGGUAUUCGAUCACAAGUACAUAUUAGUGAUCUACGACCGCUCAUUUCUACAUAA